AGAACUCUUGCGUUGUCCACAGAGACUGUUCUGAUGGGAACUUAGGGGAAUAGAGUACAACAUUCCUUGCAGUGUCGUUCAUAGCGAAGAUUAUUUUUGCUGAUGAGUACUCGGGACCUUGCAUACUUGCUGGAUAGCAGCAGAGAGUUAGGUUCUAGAAGUUCGUCCCACGGUCGUGUCCACUGUGAAGUUAAAUGAGCGUUGGACUAGGGUUUGCGUGGAAGUGGCAUCACACCUGGAACGCAUGAAUGCCUUCUGUUUCUUCUAGGCCUACUUGUGGACUUUGCCCAACUGCAAGUCUGCGGAACGACGAGGAACAAAAUGGGUUGGUUGGGAUUCGGGAACAACAAGAGUUCCACUGCUGGAAAACAGAAGAAGGAGGACACUGACGCUAGUCUUGGGCUGGAAAAAGAGCAAUUGAAAGAUGGAAAAUCUGAAGGUGUGGAAACGGCUUCGGCGUCCACGGUAGUACGGCAGGCUCCCGCAUCUGCCCCACUACCUCCUCAAACUCAGACCAGUGUUUUCGAAUUCGGGUCAGCUGGUAACAUCGAAGAUCGGGUCACUCUGGCAGGUUAUUGCUCUGUCUCGGACGAACUGGAGCCUUGUCAGUGGGAAAUCCUGCCUUCUGGAGGUGUUGAGGCACCGCUCUUUCGGAUCAUUUUUUAGUCGACUUCUCGAAUGAUAACCUGAAGGCUUCUCUUUGGAUUGGAGCGUUGGGGUGUUAUAUGCAGUUAUCGCAUUGUCAUGAGCCUGCCGAUUCUCCGCCCAGUUUUCCUGCCUGCCCGCUGAACCUUCGACCUUUGACGUGAAUGACAUUUCUGUCACAUUGUUUUGGUAUAGAGGCCGUAUUUAUCAAGCCACCGAACUCCUAAUUUCAGGGAAGCCUCGAUCGACCCUCUCCUAUCCAAACUCACUGUAGUAAUCUUUACAAGCUUUCACAGAAUACGUACAAUGGCAAGAAUCACAUGCUGAUUCGUGGAAAUGUUUAUUCAGUUGAGCCGUGCAUGAGUUUUUGUAAUCCAUGGUGGUUUUUGCUGAAUUUUGAGAUGACACCCAUUUUUUAACGGCAAUAUGGAUGAAGUACAGAUUGACCACUGGCGGCUCUAGAUAAUUGUCGUCUGCUAAUCUUAUAGCAGUGUUAGAAGGUUGAAAUCUCAUCGUAGGGAUUGGAUUUUGUGUUAGAGCCUACAUGGCCAAGGGCUGUGUACUUGCCUGGCGUGGGCAGUUUAGGUUCGUCUACCUGAGUUAUGCCUCUAGCUCCGUCUCCAACUUCGAUACAGAUCCUUUUCAAGCCUUGUGCGAAGAGUUGAUCACAUGCUUGGUGAGUUUUGAAUGAAAGCUGCUUUCGAGCACUAUUAGUAUGAUA